CCGAAAAAAAGUCAUACAGCACGUGAGUUCGUCUUCCACUGAAGAUCUGGACUCUGAAAAGAUAUGCUGAUCUUUACGAUGUGGGCGUGCGGGCGUGUGUGGCGCGGGUGCAAGCUGGGGGGAGGGAGAAUAGGAAGGAGCGGAGUAUCGACGUCUGGGCGUCAAUACGUGGUGCGUGUGUGCGGGUGCGCGCGGUGGAGGGCUGGCUGCGCGGCCUCUCAGUGUGUCACCACCGCCCGCUCUGUGCUGACCUCCGUGACCCCCAGCCGCCCUGCAUGACCGGUGCUGCCCAGCACACAAACAGCCAACGUAUGGCGGGGGUGGGGCGCGCUGCUCCCAAGUGCUAGUGGGUGUAAGUGUCGGCUGAUGACUGCCCAUGUGGGUGUAGCCUAAAAUAGCCUGUAGUGACGCCUGAGAGCUGCAGGACGCAGGCUGGGCCCUCAAGAUGGCGGCCAGGGGCGCAACAACCGUGGCCGCACUCUGGCCCCCUCUGCUGUCUCCCGUCAUCCUUUUACUGGUCCUCACGGCCACGCUACACACAGGACUGUGUAGCGAGGAUGAGGAGAGACUGGUGAGGGACCUUUUCCGCGGCUACAACAAGCUCAUCCGCCCAGUGGAGAAUAUGACGAACAAUGUGGAUGUGGCGUUUGGUCUGGCCUUCAUUCAGCUCAUCAAUGUGAACGAGAAGAACCAGAUCAUGAAGUCCAACGUCUGGCUGCGUUUGGUGUGGAGGGACUAUCAGCUGAGGUGGGACGCGGCUGACUACGGUGGCAUCAAAGUGCUUCGCCUUCCCCCAGACAAAGUGUGGAAGCCUGACAUUGUAUUAUUCAACAACGCCGAUGGGAACUACGAAGUUCGCUACAAGAGCAACGUGCUGAUCUACCCACACGGCGAGGUGCUGUGGGUGCCUCCCGCCAUCUACCAGAGCUCGUGCACCAUCGACGUGACCUACUUCCCCUUUGACCAGCAGACGUGUCUCAUGAAGUUUGGCUCGUGGACAUUUAAUGGGGACCAGGUUUCUCUGUCCCUUUACAACGACAAGGACUUCGUCGAUCUCUCUGACUACUGGAAAUCUGGCACCUGGGAUAUUGUGGAGGUGCCCGCUUUCCUCAACGUGGUGUCCAAUGCGAACCACCCCACGGAGACCGACAUCACCUUCUACAUCACCAUCAGGAGGAAGACUCUGUUCUACACCGUCAACUUGAUCCUGCCCACUGUUCUCAUCUCCUUCCUCUGUAUCCUGGUGUUCUACCUUCCCGCUGAGGCAGGAGAAAAGGUGACGCUUGGUAUUUCGAUUUUGCUCUCCCUGGUUGUGUUCCUCUUGCUGGUGUCGAAGAUCUUGCCGCCGACCUCACUGGUGCUUCCUCUGAUUGCCAAGUAUCUACUGUUCACCUUCGUCAUGAACACCGUCUCUAUCCUUGUCACCGUCGUCAUCAUCAACUGGAAUUUCAGGGGCCCGAGGACUCACCGGAUGCCCAACUGGAUUCAGGUGUUGUUCCUUAAGUACCUCCCCGUCAUGCUAUUCAUGAAGCGUCCCAAGAAGACCCGACUCCACUGGAUGAACGAGAUGACCCCCGGCCAGUCCCUUUCUCCCAUGGCGGCAGGCGGCGUGCCUCCCCACCACCACUUCGGCUCUCCAGAGAUCGAUAAGAGCACCGGCAAAAUCGAACACAUGGAGAUGUCCAACAUUCACCACCCGAACUGCAAUCUCAACCAAAUGCCGAGGCGCGAAUCUGAAAACUCUGACUCCCUGUUCAUCACACCGGAAGCGUACAAAGCGACGGAGGCCGUGGAGUUCAUCGCCGAGCACCUGAGAAACGAGGACCACUACAUCCAGAUACGCGAGGACUGGAAAUACGUGGCCAUGGUAAUCGAUCGUCUUCAACUGUACAUUUUCUUCGCCGUCACCACAGCCGGCACGAUUGGUAUUCUGAUGGAUGCCCCCCAUAUAUUUGAGUAUGUCGAUCAGGACAACAUUAUCGAUACUUAUAGAGGGAAGUGAAUUGUGAAAUUUAACCAAGUUGGAAUUCACGUGUAUAAUUCAAAGCGGAUAAAAAUAUUGAAAAAUAGAGGCAUAUGAUCCGGAUACGAAAGCUUGUGAGCUCAAGUGGGAAUGUGCCAAAUACAGAAGGAGAACGAGGAAGAACAAGCAGUGAAUAUCCAAGAUAGAUCCUUUAAGUACAUCUGCUUGUCUCUUGAUCCUUCUCUGUUCAUCUUCCUCCUUCCUUCUCUGUCCCAGGAUCAGGUAUGGAAAGAAUCAGUCGUUCUCUGGAUGGCGAAGGGGAAAGCAAAAGAUUGUGAUAUAUCAUGAGCGACGGUCGCUGAUACAACACCAACUAAGUUAAGAGAAUAUAUUAUUAUAUAUAUGAAUAUAUAUAUAAAAGUUCAAAGUACUCUUUAAUCAUGGUGCCAGUUCUGUAUGUGAUUUUGGUUAUGUUCAAUCAGUAUUCUGGGGUGUGGGGACGACGGCAUUCUCACAGUGCACUAAAGGACAAGGCGAGGCCGGACAGACGCCCGCCCUUCCCUCGGCCGCCCCGGAGCUGGUUCGUCGUGGUGACCGCCAGUCCACCUUCUCUACCUAUGACUUUGUCCAGCAAUCCUCCACUGUUGACCGGUUUCUCGCUUAUUUGUUAGUUAUAUUGUCUCUGCGAUUUUGCAUUCCUAUGGUGUAGUAAAAUCAUCCCUUUCAACCUUCAUGCCCAAGGAUAACUACAGGAGUAUACAUUUAUCAAACCAAAACUUUUCUUAAUGGUUACUGUAUUAUCAUUUUUACUUUGGAGUCUUCUGGCAUCAGUGCUCAAAAUAGAUAGCAGAGCCAGCGAUGGUGUGCGGGUGAAUGCAAGUGUGUGUGUGUGUGUGUGUGUGUGUGUGUGUGUGUGUGUGUGUGUGUGUGUGUGUGUGUGUGUGUGUGUGUGUGUGUGUGUGUGUGUGUGUGUGUGUGUGUGUGUGUGUGCACGCGCGCGCGAGCACCAUUAACGAUAUGGAGAAUGCAGGCUUGCGUCCAUAUGUGUGUGUGUGUGUGUGUGUGUGUGUGUGUGUGUGUGUGUGUGUGUGUGUGUGUGUGUGUGUGUGUGUGAGAGAGAGAGAGAGAGAGAGAGAGAGAGAGAGAGAGAGAGAGAGAGUGUGUGUGUGUGUGUGUGUGUGUGUGUGUUUGUGUGUAUGUUUGUGCGUCUGUGUGUCUGUGUUUGUGCCUGUGUGUGUGAGCGCAAGACUGCGUCAAAAUAUUCAUAAAUCUGGAGCGUGCAAUGCCGGAGUAACUAAUAGAGAAAAUAACAUGAGGUGUUUCUCGAUUGUGGCCGGUGCGUGCGGGCGCGUCCAGACUUACUCCUGUCACGCGUCAGCUCGGUGAGGCGCUUCAGGACAGAACAAUCAGGAUAAAGACUAGAUAUUUGUAGUUUUUCAUAGGUGCGAAGUUAGUGACAUGUUUCAUAUGUUUACAUACAUAACUAGUAAUUAAGUGGAUUUGUAUGUAAAAUUAUAAUUACAUGAUUUGAGGUCUAUGCUCAAGACACUACUUGACUGCAGUCCGAGGUUGACAGGAAACAAGAGUCACCACAGUCAACAGAAGGCUUGCAUCUUAGCGGAACGCAGUGCUUGUCUUUCCAUUAUUAGCAUGGACAAUAGACGCUAUUUUGAUUGAAAUAGAAAAUACGAAAAGAAAAUUUAUAUUGUCUUGCUCACAAUUUUAGGUGCAAUUGAUUUUCCUUGUCUUGGGUAGCUAUAAUGCUUUGAUAAGUGUGAAUUACAUGGCAUUUCCAGCCUUCUUCCCGAGGCUCGCUUCAUGCUUUCCUAGCAAGGCCUCCCGUCUCGCUCCCCGCCACAGAGGUCCCCAACAUGGGCGGUGCGGGAGUCCAUUCUUAGGAGGUCUGGUUUUUUCAUGAAUAACUGGCAUAUUUUUAAAAGAAACAGGUAAAUACACGAAAGAUAUUAUUAUGGUAGAAGUAUCUUUCCAUUAAGUCGACCGCUUAGAUUCUGUUAUUUGGUAAGUCUUCAGUAAUGUAUUCAACAACCUUACAGUUUUCUUUUCAGGUUGACAAAGUUCUGUUUCCAUAAUACGUAUUUUCCGUUGGUCUUGAUGAUGUUUCGCGGCUAGUUUUAAAUGGUACUCAACAGGUUACGGGUACUGGAUUUUCCUAUCAAUGCCAUGGUACCUUUAACUGCUAAGAAACACAAGAGCAAAUAGUUCUUAUGCUUCAAAGGUUAGAUCAUUGUGUCAUUAUCUUCCUUCAAAUAAUUACUGUUUAGUCUUAAGACAUGAGUUCCCCCAUCACUGAUUUGCUUCUGGGUUAUUUCAAGACUUGGGUGUGAUUUCCUGACUCAGCAAACACAGAUAGUAAUUGUACCUUCACCUGCAAGGCGAGCGUUCCCGGACCGCCUGUCCUUCCCUGCUGUCUGUAUGUUAGUGGAAUCAAAAUAACAAGGCUCUCUUCUCUCAAUCCAUUAAAGUAAAUACGUGUCUGUUGCGAGAGAUUUUGUUAAGAAAAAGCUUCACUGAGCUAAAUAUAUGAUAAGCUUUUUCUUCGUUGUGUGUUGUAUUUGUUUGUUUGUUUGUGACGAGAUGUUUGCAAAGUGCAGCACUUGAAUUCCAAAAUUACUGAUUGAAUGAAAAUAUUUGCUUGUGUUCUAUGUUAUAAGAUAGUGAAGUGUGUUGAAAAGAUGACUGCAAUACAGAACUUCGUUAUAAGUCGUGUUCAGAAAUGACAAUAAAAACACGACGGAGCUAUUGAUUGGCAAUGCUGGAAAAAAAAAACUCGGUCAUCCAGUGGUAUUACACUCAUAACCAAAGACACUAAGAUGUUAUCUAGGGGAGUACGAUGUUCCUUGAACAUUAUUUUGAUAUAACAUUUCCACAUUGCAGUGAAAUUUAUAGAACAGUUGUGGAAAUAAGAGUGUUUGUGUGUGUGCGACUUAAAACUUAAUAUUUUGAUACUGUAGGUAAGGUCGUGAGGUGUUCUUCUCUGAGAUGAGAAGGUCAAGGAACAAGAGUGCUGAACUCACCACCUCAGAAGCCACACCUUGGAGAUAUGUGACAGUACUAUGCUAACAUGGAAAUAAACUAGGAUGUCCUAAGGCCAAAAAUGUAUUGUGUCUAUAAUUUUGUCUGGAGUUGUUUUAUAUUUUCACCAGAGAAAGCUCAUUCUAACUACGCAUACUUCCGAACCGCGCAGACAGACCGGAGCAGACGCGUCACUCCGGCCUGGCCCUUCCUGCCGCCUCGGGCUGGUGCUUGGCGGGGCGGGCCGGGGCGACGGAUCAGUUAGAGUGGGGUUUCCAACAUAACACCUUAUAUACUUCCCGCCGCAUAUGCUGUAAAUGCUGAAAAGGCUUUCUCAUUUAGAAAUAGAUUCAUUAUCUAGUGUUUGUUUGUUAGACAUACCCAUCUGAAAAUAUAAAUCUUUAGAAGUUGUAGAAAUCCCGAAGAAAAUAUGUUUUAACCCAUGUCUGAUUUUUUUCUUUUUGUACGUAGUUCAUUAUUUAAAAUUCCAUUAUAUUAAUAAUUCAUUACGCUCUUUCGUACUGAAGAUCUGGAUUUCCUCUUUAUCUUUGAUUUGUCUGCCACAUCACGAGCACGAAAGACCGUGAAAUGCAAGAGUCCGAGUCACACAGGCCGUCACUUCCUGCUGGCGGCGAGGCGGUGAAGCCAAGUAGUGGUCCAGUGCCCAUGACUUCCCCGGCGAGUCUCUGGACUUGUUGACUCUCUUGAUGACUUCGUAGAAAAAAUUUGUACCGUAUGUGUGCUUUGGGGUUUAGUCUCACCGUUCGACUGUUUACAUCUUAGAUACGCUAGAGUUGUUAUCGCAAGAAGAAAAGCAGUCCUGGUGAAGGCGUAGGUGAGGGUGGCCACCAGAGCCUCUGCUGGGGAUUAAGUCGCUGCGAUGUUCACUGGCUGAAGACUGAUGUAAGCAUGCGGGAGAAAAUACAAACACUCACUGAAUCAGCAAGUUGUGUUCUGUUGUCGAUGGUCAGAGAGGCUAAAGCAAUUCGAGCGCAUGUUUAUCUUUAUUAUGGUUACAGCCAAGACAUAUAUUGAUGGGUAACUGAGUUUUGGUUUGAUAAUAGAUUUUUUUUUCUUUUCUUCUUAGAGUGUCAUAUUUAUCCAUUUAUUCGUCUCACUUAUUUGAUCUACACAUACACACGCAUUGGCUGUACAUGAUAUACUAUGUGUUGACAGCAACUUGUAAAAGAUAAAUUGUUAUAGUCAAUGUUAUAAGGAGCAUUGUAUAUUAUUUUAUGUAAAUGAUCCAUGUUUUAAAAACUUAUGAAAUUCUCUAAGAAAUAUGCGUUUACAUAACGUUUCAUAUACCCCACUUAACCCCGAUACAUGUACACACCACUCUUGCACGUAUCCUCAGAUUUACACUGUUCGAUUAUUGGUAACUUUGGAAGAGACAAUCAUAUAUGAAAUCUUUUUUUUCAUUAACGCGAAGAAAUUUGCAUUAAAAGUUCGCCUUUAUUAUUCUUAUGUGUUAGGUUUUAAACUUUUCUCAAAUCUAUCCUUAAACCCGUUUGACUUUUUUCCUCCCUAUUUCCAUGCAAUGAAUGUGCUAGUGACAGUCCUGAGCAAGAGCUUCCUCAUACUCUCUCAAAGUUUCUCGUUUUAACUCUUUAUGCAGAAAAAGAAAAAAAAAAGUUGACCAAAAAAAGGAUCAAGACUGAUCACAAAAUUUGCUCCAGCUGCGAAAGCCACAGCGGAUUUUGUUUAGCAGGACUGUAGAUGGCGGUUAUUUUCUUGACGACCUCGGUCCUUACUAAAAGCCGUCACUGUGUGGUGAUGAGGUUACGAUUGUGUUAUCCGUCCGUGACCCAUCAAGAUGUGCACGCCACUCGGUGAAUUGUCGUCUAGACUCUUAGCCAAGCAGCGCUAUUAUCAAGAAAACCAACUUCAACAACUGGCCAGUGAUAAUCUGAAGAUUUGUCCAAAUUUAAGAAUAGUCAAAAACUUGCCUUCAUAUCAAUGCGGUACAUUGUUCCUUAGUAUUUGUGUCUGUCGCAUCCAGCUGUGGAAUCUUUCAGAGAAUGGAAGCUCUUUCUCCCUGUGACUGCAUCACUUGAAUGUUCGUAUUUGUAACUUAAGACGUUUUCUUCACGCAAAUGGGAAACAUUACUUCAAAAAUACAGUUUGCUAACUCCAUAAAAAUCUAUACAUAUUUACCACGAUUACCCUAGUAAAGUAUUAUCGGAAGCUGACUUGCAAUGUUGAGUGAUACUUGAUUUGUAUUGAUCCAAGAUUGUUUAAUUUUUAAGAUUUGUUAAACUUAUUUUCUCGUAUUGUAGAACGCAUGAAAAAAUAGUGGGCUUUGAUAUAUAGGGAAUAUCAUAAGGAAAAUAUAAAAAGCGGCUAUCUUUGUUCAAGUAUGCUACGUGAUGGAAUCUCACUGCUCAAUGAUAUCCUAUUUCUUGUCAGCCAGUGUUACCGCUGGCUCCAGCUUGAGCUCCCCGGCUCAUUAGUCCUCAUCCCAUCAGCCCAGAUACAUCACCGCCCCGCUAUAGAAACUGGGUUCGGAGCUUUGAUUAGGCACCAUCUAUACAUUUACCCGCAAUCGUCUGGCCAGGGAGCCCAAGCUGUCUCAGAUACGGGACUGGCAUCUCAUCCCUCCCUAGGAAAAGAUGUCCGCCUCGCAAUCGCCACUCGGGCGCCCUAGCGCCCCUAGGGUAAGGCAUAUCCCCAAGCGUUAUCCUGAGGGCACUACGGACCACCCCUCCCUCUCCUAGGCUUGCGCUACCGUCACGAGGCUUACUUGGCCCCCUCCCCACCCAGCGCUAGCCACUCUAUAGAGACGUAGGAGAUCUAACAUUUUGUAUAGUGUAUAUAACUACGUUGUUUUAAGCAAUAAAAGCUGUUUAAGAGA